CAAACAGCCGUCCAUUAGACCUGCCCCACACAACGGCCUGCAUCCUCACUUGAUGAAAGCUAAUGGACACAGGAUGAGGGACUCCCAAGCUCCAAUGAUGUCUACUGAGGGCUUCAGAAAACCUCCUCAGGUCAAACAGCCGUCCAUUAGACCUGCCCCACACAACGGCCUGCCUCCUCACUUGAUGAAAGCUAAUGGACACAGGAUGAGGGACUUCCAAGCUCCAAUGAUGUCUACUGAGGGCCUCGGACAACCUCCUCCAUUCAAACAGCCGUCCAUUAGACCUGCCCCACACAACGGCCUGCCUCCUCACUUGAUGAAAGCUAAUGGACACAGGAUGAGGGACUCCCAAGCUCCAAUGAUGUCUACUGAGGGCUUCAGAAAACCUCCUCAGGUCAAACAGCCUUCCAUUAGACCUGCCCCACACAACGGCCUGUCUCCUCUCUUGAUGAGAACAAAUGGAUCCAUGUUGCUCCGUGGACCCAUGCCUCUUGAGCCGCGGUUAACACCACCGCCUCAUGUCUCAGAUACAUCGUUCAGACCACCUGCUCCACAGUGCAGCUCUGCAGAAACAUCUUUUAUACUUAGCUUUGACAUUGGACUGAGAAUGGCAAGGAAAGACAGCUUUGCUUUGGCUGUACUCCCACAAGAGCAAUAUCUGGCUUAUGGAACAUCUCUCACCACUGUUGCAAAAGAGGAGAUUUUUGCCUUGGCAACUCUGCCAAUUCAACAGUGUCCAGUCACACCUUGUAGUGCAAUGCUGACUGACAUAUUGGUAGACCCAAUGAAUCCCACCUUGAGCUUGCCUAUAGCAACCAACUAUGGAAAGCAAGACAAGCAGCAGGCCUCCACCCACCAGAGCUCCGCUGAGCUGCAGAGUUGGAGCUUGUCCCAGCGUAGCUGCUUCCUUGGAGGGGACACUUGGGCACAGCCCGUGUGGGAGAGCAGGGAACUGGGCGGGGAUUUCACCAAGACCCUCCCCUGGAACAACGUGGACAGCAAGCUGCAGAAGUGGCCCUUCCAGGCCACCGUCACCGAGUCCUUCAACGCGCUCCUUCCCCAGGUCAUCACCCUCAGCCCAGGGACAUCUUUGUCCUUGCCUGUCUCCUUCAGGCCACCUGAGCGGUAUAAGUACCUGGACACAACUGAGUUCCAGGGGAAAGAGGACACAUUCCAGGUAUCCCUCCAGGCCACCGUACCCAGUUUCGUCCAUGAGCUUACUGAGCGAGUGCAGCUGCCCUCUUGUGCUGCCCACCACGGCGGCCAGACCACCUUUACCUUCCAUGAUGCCAGUGAGUUGCGUACAGGUGCACAUUGGGAACUGGGCAUCCCGGUUCAGCUCUCUUCAGAGAGUGGAGUUCUGGCCCCAGGUGAGGAGGCUCAAGUCACGGUUCUCUUGCGCCCCCUAGAGGUGUGCGUGUACCAGUUGAAGGCCAGCUGUGCCUUUGGGGACCAGGGAGAAAAGAGCUGCUCUAUGCUCUUACAGGGCAUGUCGAUGUUCCGGAACACUUACCUAGAGACAAGCGCCCCAGGGGAGAAGGAGAGCUCUAGGCUGCUGGAGUUUGGGACUGUGGCUUUUGACUGCUCCCAGGAGAAGCACUUUGAGAUAUGCAACCCCUCCCCAGUGAACUCAUCCUUCCACCUCUCUCAUCUGCAGCAUCCGCCUCUGUUACAGAGUGUGUUUGAUUGCUCAGUGCACAAGGGCCUUGCGGCCCAGGGGUCGUCCCUGCAGGUGCCUGUGCGUUUCUCCCCAGUGCACAGCAGCAGUGUGGAGUACCUCAGUCGCUCGUCCCCAGUGGCCCUAAGCAAGCAGCGGAUCAAGCCCACUGGCUCCAGCAGUGUGCUUCUAUGUCGGGGGAAAGCCUCAAAUGACUUUUCCGGACCGGACUGUAGGUUCCUAUCUUUCAAAAAGGGGGAGACAAUAUAUGUGUACUAUAAACUCUCAGGACAGAGGUCGGAUGUGUGGGCAGGAAGUGUGGGUAGUCGUUUUGGCUAUUUCCCUAAGGAGCUGCUCACCAUUAACCACAUAUACACUGAAAAGGAAAUAGAAGUUUCUGCUGAGGAAACGGAUUUUGUUUGUUUUGAUUCUGGCCUGGAUAAGUUUGAAAGUUACAAUAUAGACCAGUUGUUGAGCUAUUCUGAGUCGCAAGCGGCGAGUGAAGAUGCAUCUGUUGAAUCUACUGAAAUCGAAGACACACCGACAGUAACAGAAGAAGUGGUGUCAUCUCAAGAUGACACGCCACCAGAGAGAGACCGGGGUGACAUCGUGGAGGAGGAAAGUGAGCACUUUCUGAGGGAGCCUGAUCCGGAGGAACUGUCACUGGGUCCCAGCGACACGUCUUUUUCAGAUGAUGAGGCGGCCAAUACAUCUGAAACAUCUAUGGCAGAGCAGGACGAGGAAGAGAACCCAAAGGAUUAUACCGAUGUUCACUCAGAGAAUUCAGCAGAGGCUGAAAGUUCUGAUAAGGUUACAGUGCUGAAACCAGACAUAGAAAGCACUGAACAGAUAGCCAAAGCGAAAAAGGAGUUAAAUGGUAUUGUUGAUUCUUGGAGCACUGAGCAUGUACACCAGUUAUUUGAGGAUGAAAGGGAACCAAAAGAUGGUUCUCCACUUGAUCCAGAGGAUCCUAACCCCGAUGUUCCAGGUGAUGCUGAACCAUUGGACGAUGACUUGAUCUUUGAAGAAGGAGGUGAAUCCAUUUUUGGGGAAGACUCACUUGAUCAGUUGACUGAGGAGGCACCGUCUUCUCAAGAUGAUGAUAAAUUGGAAGAAGAUGAGAAAACUGCAUUCAUUCAAUCACCUAUGCAGCCCAGUGAGGCACCUUCAGAGAAUUCAACAGAGGCUAAAAGUUCUGAUCAGGAUAAGGUUACAGAGGUAAAACGAAAAAUCAUUGAACAGUUAACCAAGGCUAAAAAAGAGUUAACAGGUAUUGUUGAUUCUAGGGGCAUUAAGCAUGUACACCACCCAUCUGAAAAUGAAGCGGAACCAAAAGAUCGAUCUCUGGUUGAUGCUGAAGUCCCCAAGCCAGAUAAACCAGGAGAUGAAAAACCACUGAAUGAUGACUUGAUCUUUGAAGAAGGUGGUGAAUCCCUUUUUGGGGAAGAGGGACCAUUUUCUCAAGAUGAUGAAAUGGAAGACGAUGAGACAACUGGCCCCACUCAGUCACCUGAGCAGCCCAAGGAUGUACCUUCAGAGGGUUCAGGAGAGGCUAAAAGUUCUAAUCAAAUUACAGAGCUCAAAUAUGACAGCGAAAUCACAGAGCAGAUAGCCACGGCUAAAAAGGAAUUAACAGGUGUUGUUGAUUCUUGGGCAACUGAACCUGCACAUCACCAAUCUGAAGAUAAAAUUACAGAGCUCAAAUACGACAGCGAAACCAUAGAGCAGAUAGCCACGGCUAAAAAGGAAUUAACUGGUAUUGUUGAUUCUUGGGCCACUGAACCUACACAUCUCCAAACUGAAGACAAAGAGGAACCAAAAGAUCUGGAAGAAGAUCCGUAUCAUGAAGAAUUACUUGAAGAUGAGAACGCUAUGCUGUCAAACUUUGCCGACACACAGGAGGAAGGUGAGAAAGGGGACUUGACCCGCGAGGCUGUGGAAGCUGAAGCCGUGCCAGACGCUGUGCUGUCACCACCGGCUCCCAGCCCUGUAGAGCCGGACGCCAGAACUACAGAAGUACCAUCCACUGAUGAAUCAUCAAGUAGUAGUGAUGCAGAAAACAUAAUCAGUGAUGAAUCAUCAAGUAGUAUGAUUGAUGCAGAAAACAUAACUGACACUACAGAUCCUGAGAGUUCCACUACUGUUCCAAAUGAGCCAGAAUACAGUGACCGUGUUCUCAGAUUAACUCUGAUCAGGGACCACUUCAAAGACCAAGAAAUGGAACGUUUCCAGAAAUUUCUAAGUUUGAAACACUUGAUCCGGAUUGAGGCCAUGUUUCAGGAUCUCGAGCAGGAGCUGAAGUCUGUCAGGUUAUCUCCGACAGACAGCAGCGAGGACAUUGAGAGGACCCUAGAGGCUAUUCUUGAGGCUUCUGAGACCUCCAUCCUGGACGAGAUCGAAAAGAUGUUGGACAGCCGAGAACACAGAAACCAGAAGGAGAUGGAAGCUAGCAUGUUUGACGAAGAGGCUGCCAUUUUGGAUGACUUCCAGGAGCUGGCAUUCACUUUGAGACAGAAGUACUCCACAGUGAGCGACAGUGUGCCGCUGGUCGCUAAGCAUGAACCUGUCACAGAGGAAGCAGAUCUGCACGAGGUUGUGGAAGACUCUGUGAACAACUUCACUCUGACGGAACCUGAUGAACCCAAUGACAUUGGUAAAGUGGAACACCAACACACAUCAGAACCAAGCACCCAUGGCAACCUCCCUCACAGUCCAGACUUGGACAUUGAGGAGGAUGGGGGCCAUAGAAACAAAGACAGCCAGGCAAGCCCCAAGGAACCAGACGAAAUCCAGAUAGGUCCACAGGCUAUUUUGGAAAAUCCUUUGGAUGUGGAAUUUGGCGUACCAUGGGAGGUGGAACGUCCGCCCUCAGGUUCAAUUGACCGCCACGUUUCAGAUUUCCAUGAAGACGGACCUAAAAGUGAUACCAGUUCCACGUCAGUUUUUGCUGAAAUGCGGAGCACUCUACAGUUUAUUUCCCAAUAUUGGCAGUAUAUUGGACAGUAUGCCGAAAUGCUUGUAGCUACCCUGCCCGAGGAGUGGAGGCCAGGCCCAAAUUUCCACGGACUUCCCUGGGAGCCUGUACUGGUCACAGUGGCAGUGGGAAUUCUCACGCUUAUUGCGUUUUUCUGGAAGACCAUUCUUGCUGUAAGAAGCAGAAGAUACCAAAUAACAGAAAAACAACUGUCAGAAAGAAUAAAGAAAAUGUUUAAUGAAAAAUCUGAGACCGCGAUCAAAAUGGCUGAAUUGAAAAAGCAGGCAAUAGAAUGGGAAAAACGUCUAAAGGAUUCUGAAAAAUCCCAAAAAUCAUUACUGCAGGAAAAUAAAGAGUUAAAGAAAAUGUUGAAAGAAGUGAAUGAACAACAAAAAGUCUUGACAGAGAAAAUGAAGACGCAGGACCAGACGCUGGAUGCUGAGCAAAGGAGGAUGCAGGGCAUGAAGGACACGCUUUCAAAGUCCAACCAGACAGUGGAGUCACUGCAGCAGAGCAUCACGUCGUACCAGAAAGAGCUGGCAAAGGUCCAGAUUCUCAUGGACGAGUCAAAGCUCCGAGAGGAUGCCUUGAAAGCAGAGAUGAAGGCCUCUGAGAAAGAAAAUAACAAAUUAAAAGAGCUGAAGAACUCUCUGCAACGGGACCUCAAGGAAUGGGAAGAGAAGCACAAAGACCUGAAUGAGAAGAUCAGGGUCUUCCAGAGAACCCAGAAAGAACUGGAAGAUGCUCUGGCACAUAAGGAAAACGAGAUUGAUAUUAUGACUGACUGUAUUGCUGAGCUGAGAUCUCUGGAGGCUCUCGAGGCUGACGAUUCUCAUGGUGACAAGGGUUUGGCGAAUGGCGAUACCACCGCUGCCAAGAGGAAUGAGACAAUGAGGGCUCAUAUCAAACAGAUGAUGGAUGUCUCAAGGGUCAAAGCCACUCUCUCUGUUAUUGAGGAUGAGCGAAACCGCUUCAUGGCUAAGCUGCUCGAGGAAGAGAAGAUCAGGCAGAAUCUUGAGGAACAAGUCCAGAAGCUUGAACACGACCGUUCUGAGCUGGAGAGUGACAAGAGCCAGCUGGAGAACCAGCACAAGACCCUGGAGCAGAAGCUCGAGAUCAUGAGUGAGAUGUACCAGCAGAAGGAGAGCGCUUUGCACCAGAAGUUGACUCGGGAGGAGCUCGACAGGAAGGAGAAGGAGAGCAAGCUGUCCGAGGUCGACAAAAAGACUCUCAAAGCAGCAGAGGAAGUGGAGAUCCACAAGCGACGCAUCCAGGAGAUUGAGGAGGAGAUGGAGAAAACGGAGCGGUUCAACAAGAAUCUGAUUGCCUCACUCGAGAAGAAGUCCCAUGACAACUGGUUGGCCGCUCGAGCAGCUGAACGAGCUCUGACUGAGGAGAAACGUGAGUCGGCUCGCCUCCGCCAGAGUCUGCAAGUUACGGAGGAGAAGAUCCAUGAGAAGUACAGGAGCCUACCAAAGCCCGCCUCUGUCCAUGCUGAUCACGCGCUGAGGAGAGGAGGAGACUCGUACGGGCCCUCUCCCGUAAGUGGGGGUGCCCCCUCCCCCCCUCCAAUGAUCGAUGGCCCCGGCCGCCCCCCCUCCGCCCCAGUGGGAAGACGGAGCGAGCCCCUAGGACCUCGACCCCCCUCUGAUCCUCACGGACGUUAUGCCGACCACGGCUACGCGCCGCCUCCUCGACAUGACAUGUAUGCUCCACGCACCUCGUCUCCGACUGAUGGAUCGCAAACAGCCCCAGUGCCAGUAGAGGCUGAGGCCGAGGCCUCCACAGAGACACCCGAUGCAAUCUCCAGGUCUCAGGGCCCAGGGUCCUUGCUUGUGUCUCCGAUAAGGGACUCCCCUGGUCCCAUCAUGCCUCCAAAGGUCCAUGGGCCACCUCCUCCAGGCGGACGCCCUCCCAUGGGGCCUGCCCCACCCAACGGCUUGCCUCCUCCUAUGAUGAGACCCAAUGGGCAUCCGCCCAUGAAGUCCCCUGCACCCAUGGGUCAUGAACCACGCUUCGGACCACCACCACCUCUUUCGGAUCCACAUUUCGGACCACCUGGUUAUGGACCCAGACCUGGUCCCAUGUCUGGACCUCCCUACGGACCUCUUCCUCCACCUUUCAUGCGAGGCCCUACUCCACCGAUGCGCGACUAUCCACCCAUGGGACCUGCUUAUGGACCAGACUACCCCUACCCACCACGCCACCCAUCGCCCGGAGCCAUGUUGCCCCCACCCUCGGAGCCAUGCCUCCUGGUGCAAUGCCGCAUCCCGGCAUGAUGCCGCCGCUGCCUCCACACGGCGAGCGGGACUUCCGCGGCCCUCCCCCGGGCCAUGGCUACGUUCCUCCUGAGAUCAGGAACAGCCAGGGAGAUGUUCGCUUGGACAGCAGCGCUAAAACGGACAACUUCUCCCAGCAGGCUCCUGGCCAGCAGGAUUCCGCCUCUAUGGUUCUCGACCCUUGACCGGCCCUUGACCACGAGCCAGCAGCCCCAUCGCUGCUGGAUUUGAAAGUCUAGUUUCAGAACAGACUUAAGCAUACCACAAAACCCCAUAAAAAUUACUUACUUAAUUAAAGCAUCAUGAAAAGGCAGAUCUAGCUCUGUGGUUUUGGAUUUCUAAAACUUGCAACACUCUGGAUGAUGGCACGAGUGGACAGCUACUUCAGUGUGGCCUAUUGUGCAAUAACACAUUUUUAAAUUUAUGCCUACGUUUUCUUUUCUUUUGAGGUUUUAAGGACAUAGGACACAUUGAAAGUAAGUGAGUUUUCUUUUGUUUUUUUUGUUUUCUUUUUCACAAAUAUGGUUUCCUGUGGAAAUGCUUAGAUAUUACAGGGACAAAAAGACUAUAUUCGAUCCAGGCUGUACUUUAUGCAUCGUCCACUUGCCCCAGCCUCAAGCUUAAACGUGAAAAACUUCAAGGUGCCCUGUGUAGAUCUGGUGGUGAUGAAAUGCAAGUUUUGAUAUGUCCAUUGAUUUCUAAGUUAUAAAGUAAUGCGAGGUACCACACACAAUCCUCUGUUUAUGUAGACAUAGUCUGUUUUUAAUAUAAAGUUUAAUUCAAACCGGCAUUUUCUGCUCCAAUCAAAGUGCAAAUUCAAAACAGUAUAUACAUGUUUGCAUCUGCAAUGUUGAUUUAAUGGCCAGCUUAUGUUCGUUUUAGAUUUUUGUUGUGUUGAGAUUUUAUAAUGCUCCUGUCAUUUCUUUCCGAAGAGAGAAGACCAACAUGCUGUCAUAUUGACAAAUACCUGUAUAUUGCCUUGACUGUAGAUGUAUAUAAAAUUAUUCAAAUCACCUGUGCAAACACAUUUGCUCUAUUGUUCUCUUUCACAUAAUCAGCCGAGGAAACAAACGUCUUGUGUUAGUGCUUCAUCAAAUGUGCAGCAACUCAGGUACACAGUCAGCAAGUGUUGGUAGUUUUACUGAUCUGGAGGUGGCUGUGCCCACGUGGGUAAUACAGAAGCAUUUCAGCAUGCGAGUUAUUUCUUUGGAGUGUGCUGAGUGGGGGUGUUUUUAUAGAACAGAUUUUUGUACAUUAAAAUAUAACAACCUGUGAAGGCUCCAGUUGCUAUCUUUUUGGUAAUUCAGGAAUAAGGGAAACUAAGAAUAAUGUAUUUUUACCUUUAAAUAAAGACGGAACAUUUCAAAUGCA